AGUAACUAGUAUGACACUGACACAAUUUGCGAAAGAAAAUGUUUAUGUGGCCAGGUGAAGCGACUGACAAAACAUACAUUGUUCGUAAUAGUGAAAUAAUUAUUAAAUUUAUCUACUAGUGCAAUAAGUUCCUGUUUCAUUAAAAGUAUCUAGGUUAAUAUCGGUAUCGUAAAAACUUAUGAUGGAAGAUCGAGCAGCUAAGCUAGCGUUAGCACGGAAAAAGCUGAAAGACCAUCAAGAAAAGAAAUUGUUUUCUGGACAAAAAGAUGAUACAAUUUCUAGAAAAGGAGAUAUGUUAAAUAUUGAAAGUUCUGAAUUUAAACCUGAUGAGGGAUUAGUUACUCAAAGCAUACAAGACGCACUGGACAACGAUAGUUCCAACAUUACUGAUAAAAAUAAAACUAAUCAUUUAGUAUCACAAAAUAUAAAUACUGGCAAAAAUACCAUCUUUCCAGAUGACAAUUCAACAGCUCCCACAGAUAAUGUUGAUGUAACAGAGUUCUUUAUUUCUAACAAAAGAAAUUUAGAGUUACAAGUACAUCAAUUGCAAACAAAAUUGGACCAACUUGAGCAGAAGCAUGCUUUAAUAAUUGAUGAUUACAAAAUAUGCAACCAAAAACUCAAUGAGCUAGAAAUUGAAAAUAAAAAUUUAAAUGGCAAAUAUUUGAAUGCUAUGCAAAAAAUUAUGAUACAAGAUGAGAAACUCAAUGAACUUAAUUCAGUAAAGCUAACUUUAUCUGAAGAAAAUAAUAAUUUGUCUGAACAAAUAGAAUUUACCAAAACGGUUUUAAAUGCUAAAGAAGCAGAAAGUGAUUCCCUUCAUAAUCAACUUUAUAAUCUACAGAACCAAUAUGAUGUUGUACUCCUGCAGCUACAACAGUUGACAAAUGGCUCAACUGCUAAUACCCCAAGUGGAAAAACCAAUAACAGUGAGAAAGUAGAUGCCCUUAUACAAAAAAAUGCCAAUUUAGAGCAACAGUUGGGUUUAUUGCAAAAAGAACGAGAUCAGAUUAACCAACAUUAUGAACAAUAUGUUUCUGAACUGAAUGAGCAAUUAAGGUGUGUAAUUAAAAAAAAUGAGGAGCUUACAAGAGAAGUUGAAAGUUUAUCUAAUAGAGAAAACAGUUUAAUUGAACAGAUAAGUGAUAUGGAAAUAAGGAUACAAAAUUACAACAUAAAUAAAAAGACAUAUGAAAUAGAUUGUAAUACUAGUACAAUAAAUCAAUUGCAAGAUAAUUUAAAAACAACUCAGGAUGACCUAAAUGAAUUACGGAGCAAAUAUGAAACACUUCAAACUCAAUAUACUGAGAGUGUUGCUAAAAUUCAACAAUUGUCUGACGUUAAAGCAGAAGGAUGUCAUCAUGACAACAUCAGUAUAUCUAAACUAAAUGCUGAUAUGACGAGUGACAAAGUGGCUGCACAAAGAGCUACUGAACAAAACAAGAAAUUAAAGCAAGACAUGCAGGACUUGGAGGAUGCUUUUGUGAAAAUGAGUAAAGACAAACUGGAAUUAACAGAAAAGGUAACAGCUGAAAAAUAUUUAAACCGGGAACUUACGAUUAAAUUAUCUGAAGUGGAAGAAAAGGCAAAAGACAUGCAAAUUAAAUUGAAGGCCAAGGAUGAAGAAAUGAUAAGAUUACAAGCAAAUUAUAGAACUAUCGAAAAACAGUGUGAAAAAUUGACUAAUCUGGAAAGCAAUGAUAUUAGUACAGUUACAGAUGUUGAACCUAAUUCGGAAAUAAACAAUGACGUCGUAGAAGAGUCUGUUGAAACUUCGGAAUUAGAAAGCAAACCUUUAACUGAUGAUUUUAAAGAAAAUAAGCGCAAUAUUCUCCAGAGAGCAGAUGCAAUGACAAAGCUUCAGGAACGUUUCUUAAAAAUAAUGGGUGAAGUUGCUGAUUUAUCUGAUGAGAAGCACAGACUGGAACAUAUCAUUUUACAACUUCAGAAUGAAACAGAUACAAUUUGUGAAUAUGUGGCACUAUACCAACAGCAACGGAGUUUGCUCAAAAGACGAGAUGAAGAAAGAAGUGCUCAGUUAAAGAUUUUCCAAGAAGAAUGUGGAAAACUUAAGAAUCAAUUGGAAGAACUGAGUGGACUUUUGUCUCGGUUUGCAGUAGAUAAAGAAUUAUCAUUUUAUUUUGAAAAUGAGUCAAAGCGAAUCGAUAUGGAAAAUGUUAUGUCAUUAUUAGACAGUCUUAAAAAUAAUUCAUUAAUAGAUAUCAAUAAGAAAAAUAUAGAAUUCAAAAAUUUUUAUCCCUGUAACUGUUGCUCUGGUAAGCUUAUUGAUGUGUAGAAUACUCUGUUAUCUGCAUUAACAGUUGCAAUAUUAUGUAUUAUGACCUAGAUUUACCUAAGCUAUUAUACAAUAUAUUUAAAUCACUACACGCGCAACUAUGACAGACUUACAUAAUAAAUAACAUCGAAUGUCUAAAGUUUUGUAUUACCCAGCCAGCCCAGUGGUUAUCUCGUGAUUGUGACCGCAUUUGUAAUACCUGCGACCAAAAGUCGAUGACAGCUGUAAGUGUUAAAUAAACAGUUCGAAAAGUAAAUUCUACGUAAGUUGUAUAUUAAUGUCAGUAUCGAGAACGUUAACUUUCAACACUCGGAAUAGUUGGUGAAAUAGUUUUCAGGUUCGAUUUCUACAUCGUGUGAAGUCAAAACGUUUGUGCGCAUAAACACGGUGUUUGAUUGAGUUUUUUUUUAAUAUGUAGUAAGUAUGUAUUAACAAAAAUCCAUUAAAUAGGUACAUCAUUUGUUUAGUAAUUGGUACUGAUGCCAAAAAUACAAUCAGUAAAAUUUGAGUAGAUUUACAAAUGACACGUUUGCCAGACUCAAAGCUGAUAGAAAUAUAGAUCAUAGCUGCUUCCCACGGUUUCAUCCGCUUCCUGUUCCAUUCCGUACCAAGAUGAAGAUGAAACUUUCUAUUAAUAAACUAAUUUACUAAAUCGAUUGACUACAUCCAGAGAUUCCUACAAGGUCAAAACAAACAAAAUUUUACAUCUUUCAACAACACUGAAUCUUCACUCACGGAAUUUAAAUACUUACCGAUUUUUAUACGGAUGCCCUCCUUGUCGCAUAGUAAUAAAUGUCUUGUUUUAAAAGAA